AUGUCUGAAAACAAAUUUGAUUCAAAGGGUUUCAACCACAAUCCAAAAACCGACUCCAGUCCAAGCUGCCGCAGACGUUCUUCCUCUUCAUCAGAUAAUUUCGUCACGAUGUCGGAUGGACAAGAAACCGAUAAGAAUAUAGAGAUAUGGAAGAUCAAGAAGCUUAUCAAGGCACUGGAAGCUGCAAGAGGCAAUGGUACAAGUAUGAUCUCUCUUAUUAUGCCUCCACGGGAUCAAAUUUCUCGAGUCACAAAGAUGCUUGGUGAUGAAUUUGGAACUGCUUCAAAUAUCAAGAGCAGAGUGAAUCGUCAAUCUGUUUUAGGCGCCAUAACAUCUGCUCAACAGAGGCUUAAGCUGUACAACAAAGUUCCCCCAAAUGGACUUGUUCUCUACACUGGAACCAUACUCACUGAUGAUGGAAAAGAGAAGAAGGUUACAAUCGAUUUUGAACCUUUCAAACCAAUCAACGCCUCCCUUUAUCUCUGUGAUAACAAGUUCCAUACAGAAGCUUUAAGUGAACUCCUGGAAUCUGAUGACAAGUUUGGUUUCAUUGUUAUGGAUGGUAAUGGGACACUUUUCGGGACAUUGAGUGGCAACACAAGGGAAGUUCUUCACAAAUUCACAGUUGAUUUACCAAAGAAACACGGGAGAGGAGGACAAUCUGCUCUUCGAUUUGCACGUCUUCGAAUGGAGAAACGUCAUAACUAUGUGAGAAAGACAGCUGAGCUGGCAACACAGUUCUACAUCAACCCUGCCACCAGUCAACCUAAUGUAUCUGGUCUUAUCCUUGCUGGAUCUGCUGAUUUCAAAACCGAGUUGAGUCAAUCCGACAUGUUUGACCCUCGUCUUCAAGCCAAAAUCUUGAACGUGGUUGAUGUUUCAUAUGGAGGAGAGAAUGGUUUCAAUCAAGCUAUCGAAUUGUCCUCUGAAAUCCUUGCUAAUGUGAAGUUCAUCCAAGAAAAACGUUUGAUUGGGAAGUACUUUGAAGAGAUAAGUCAAGACACUGGUAAAUACGUAUUUGGUGUUGAAGACACUUUGAAAUCUUUGGAGAUGGGAGCUGUUGAAAUCCUGAUUGUGUGGGAGAAUCUUGACAUCAAUCGAUACGUUCUUAAACACAGUGCUACAAGUGAAAUCAUCAUAAAGCAUCUGAACAAGGAACAAGAAGCUGAUCAGAGUAACUUUAGGGACCCUGAAACAAAUGCUGAACUUGAAGUUCAAGAAAAGACUUCAUUGCUGGAGUGGUUUGCUAAUGAGUAUAAGAAAUUUGGGUGCACACUUGAGUUUGUGACAAACAAGUCACAAGAAGGUUCACAGUUUUGUAGAGGGUUUGGUGGAAUUGGUGGGAUACUUCGUUAUCAGCUUGACAUUCGUUCUUUUGAUGAUCUUUCUGAUGAUGGAGAAAAUUAUGAUUCUGAUGAAUAGCAAUCAAUGAAUGAUCAGAUGCUGGUGCAAGGGGGUGGAGCCAAGAAUCAGCACCAGGGUACUACUCUUCAAGCAGUCUAUUAAGCUCCAUAUUUGUUCACUGAUCAACAAUUUCCUUAAAAGUUGGAAUAAAUAGCGUGGAUGAACAACAUAUUAUACCCCAAACUUCUAGUGGUUGCACUUGAGAUUUUACAUGUUUUUAAGUAUGCCCUUAAUUGUGGAUUUGCAUUUUGAGCUUUGGCUUUCGAGACAUAGUUUGAUGUUAUGUUUUGGUCGUGAUUGGGGGCUAUUAGUGUCAUUUUACUUUUACUCAACUUGUAGAGAGUCAUAUUACCAUCUUUUUUUUUUUUGAAACUUGUGGUUGUUUUUAUGGAUUCGUCGUA